AUGUUCGAGUUUAACCUUCUGUGCGCGUUAACCCUGUGUUGUACCAUCUUUGUUACGCAAUGUGCUCCAUCGGCAGGUGUAUCGAGCCUUGCUCAAGGAAGUUUUGCUUUCGAAAUGAUCAUGAACAAAUUUAAGAUUCUAGAAGAUCAUUGCAUUCCUAAGGAGGACCAAAUGGUAAAAAGAUCGUGCAGUGAGCUUCCCUCUUCCGGCAUAUACACCAUUCAACCAGAAAAACCCUUCUUCGAACCGAUAAACGUGCUGUGCGAUCAAGAGUAUGAAUCGGGCGGAUGGAUUGUGAUACAACAUCGUUUCGACGGAUCGACAAACUUCUAUCGCAACUGGCAACAGUACAAGAACGGGUUUGGCAAUCUGGACGGUGAGUUCUGGCUGGGCUUGGAUCGUAUUUAUCAGCUGACAGUGUCACGACCGUACGAGUUGUUGGUGGUGCUGGAAGAUUUCAAUAACAAUAAGACGUACGCCAAGUACGAUCAGUUCGAGAUCGGGGACGAGUACGAAAAAUAUGCACUCAAGAAGCUGGGUGGAUGUUCGGGAACGGCUGGAGAUUCGUUCAGGUACAGUAUGGGUAUGAAUUUUUCAACAUUCGAUGCGGAUAAUGACUUAUGGUACAAACACUGUGCAGUCACGUACACUGGAGCCUGGUGGUACAAUCAAUGUCACGAAAGCAAUCUCAACGGGAAAUAUCUUCGUGGAGUAACGCAAGAAUAUGCAACUGGGAUGUCGUGGAAAACCUUUCGAGGGCUAAACUAUGCACUAAAAUCGUCAAAAAUGAUGAUAAGACCCAAAGCGGUUUGA